AUUAUUCACGCGGACGAAACGUUCAAGCGUUGCGUGGUGAAGCGACUUAGCGCUGAGCAGCUUAGUGGGUCGCAUUCAAAUAUAGAAGCAUACUUUUGUGUGUCACUUACACAGUUUUAUUGAAAAUUAAAAAAUAAUUGUCUAUUUUUACAAAAGUUUUAUCAAAGACUGUUUACUUUUAACAAAAAGUGAAGUGUUUUCUGGCGUCUUUUUUAGUGCGAGUAUUUUUUAAAAAGCGUACGCGAUGUGCAGCUAUUACAACGCGCCUACAAGUGUGCUACAUUUGCUCAUCUUGCCGGUCAUCUUGCUGCUGCUGCAGUGCAUACCGAAUGGUGCGGCAAUUAAGUGUUUUGUCUGUGACUCCAGCGAUAAUCCGAGUUGUGAGAAUUUAAAAUCAAAUCAAAGCAUGGUGGCAGAGGAAUGUACUCUUGACAAAAUGCGAACAACCAAUACUUGGCUUUUCGACUUAAAUCGAUUUGCGUACUUCGACACUGGCGCUAGUAAUGGGCCGCUAAUGAACUGCCAAAAAGUGGUGGCCAGAGAUCCAAACACCGGCAAAAUGGUGACAGCACGCUUCUGUCAGUUGGAUACCGCCGAUUCGGAUGCCUGUCAAAUAUUGGGCAACAAAUUGGGUUGGCCACCAGAGUUGGCGCGUAACGCCAACCUCGACGCGGAUGACAAGAAUAAAAAAAACAAGAAGCGUAAGGGCAAAGGCGGCAAUAAUAAUGGUGGUGUAGACAAUCUGGAAGAUUCGGAGCUGCACUGUUCCAUUUGCGGUACAGACGGCUGUAAUGGCAGUUCAAGCAUUUCGGCAUGGAGUUGGUGGUGCGCCGGUACUCUACCAAUGCUUAUAGCAAUUGUCAACAUAUUGCGACAUAGUGUGUGGUGAAUGUGGAGCUUGAAAACUCAAGUGGAGUGCGGCUGAGCUGGCUGAGUUUGAUCGACUAGCGAAAAAACAUGGAAAAAUAAAUUUAAAAUUAUUACAAAAAAUGGUGCAAUAUAAUUUUAAGGUUAAGUUCAAUGGUCAAUGUGUUGUUCAACGGCAAUUUACCGUGUACGUGCAAAUUGUUUGUCAAAAUGGUUGCAGAGCAUUUUGGAGCAUAGCCAGAUAAAUGCCUUGAGUUUAAUAUAGUUUAAUGUGUAGUUGAGUCACCAAAUGUGCACACUGUAAAUAUUCAUUCAAUACUGUUAUCUGUGUAAAUAGGCAUAAACAUAUAAAAAUAUAUAUACGAAAAUAGAAUUGUUACAAAAAAAAUAAAGAGAAAGUUAUUACUAAGGGUUUAUUUAAUGCGGCUUUUGCUUCAGUGAAAUGUUUGUAAAACGUAAAUAUUUCAAUAGAAUAGUGUAUUCUUAGUUUACUAAAUUGAAAUUCUUACAAUAUUGCUAAUAAUUUAUUUUACUUAAUUAUUAUUUAUAUUUUAUUUGAAUUCUAAGCAAAACAAUAUAUUAUAUUAUAUAGCAUGUGCGGAGAGGAAACCUUCCGGAAAUUUUCUCUGAAGUUAAAACACACUCAAGGGGAACACGAUUUUUCCUCAUUUCAAAGUACACGGUCACAUAUUGACAUUUUAAAAGAUCAACUUGUUAAUAUAGAAAGAUAAAAGUAGACUAAUGGUACUCGAUUUUGAUAUUGGGCCUCAAUAUAUGAGCUCAUUUAACAACAGCACUUUCACUCUCUGAAUUUCAGAGAAAUGUGGCAACAUAGCAACAGCGAAAGUGUUACGUGUUGGUGUCGUUGUGACCUCAAAAUAUAAACUCAUUCGAUAAAAUAAUUUUCACUGUAUACAUUUAAUUAUUCCUGGGAAAUGUGGCAACAUAGCAACAGCGAAAGUGUUACGGGUUUGUGUAAACGUGACCUCAAAAUAUAAACUCAAUCGAUCAAAGAACUUUCGCUGUUUAAGUUUAACUAUUUCGGAGAAAUGUGGCAACAUAGCAUUUCAAUGGCGAAAUUAUUACGGGUUUGAGUCGUUAUGACCUCAAAAUAUGAAUUCAUGUAACAAGAGAGCUUCCACUGUUUAAAUUUAACUAUUUCAGAGAAAUGUGGCAACAUAGCGUUAAAUGGGGAAAUAAGUGGGUUUGGCCAUAUACUAUACUUAAGAAAACAUACCAAACCGGCAUGCUUUUUAAGCAUCAAAGACAUCAAGCAAAAUGGACUGUACGUAUAGAGAUUAUUUAGGGAACUUUCUGUACUACAUAGUUUUUAUAACAUUAAUAAUAAUGAAUGAUAAGUACUGCUUAUUAUACAAUUCGUAUGGAGAAAUUUCAUUUUUGUCUUUUAUUUUCGCUAAAAAUUCAGACCUUUCGAUUCUGAGAUACUAAAUCUUCUCUCUAAACUUCUAAUAUUAGAGGUUUCUUAUUCUGAAGACUUAUUAGACAUGACACGAAAAUUUCUUUUACCUAAUGAUCAGUGAUUAAGAGUUUAUGGUAGAUUGUAUUUUUAAAGGCAAUUCCGUGUGCGAAUAAAUUUGAAAUAAAAUGUUAAUAUUUAGAUGCAAAUUCACAGACAUAAUUCCAUAAUUCAAAGGAUAAGUGAGCAGUUUGGCUACUCAGUUCCUUCCGUGUACUUAAAUACACAAAAAAGUUUAUGUCGCAAUACUUAUAUUUUAUCGAACUCUAGAAUUCAGGCAAGCUUUCAGUUUAAGGGGAGCCUUUUAAAAUUUUCUAGACACUACUAUUCUAUCUCUUCCUCUUCUCAAUAUAACAUUUACCUACUGCUUUGACUUCGGAGAUAAGUGUGCUGUAAAGAAACACUUUACUACGUUCAAACAGGCCAAUUUGCUGUGGCAAUUGUGAUCCGUUACUCCGUGUAAACAAUUGGAUUCAAAAUUGAAGAUUUCAAAUAUUUUUAUUUUGAAAUUUUUUUAUAAUGAAAGUCGCUUUUUUUUAAUAACAAUUUACAGAGUUGCAUAGAAUUAAAUUUGUUUAUAAUUUCAAUUUGUGCUCAACUGAAACUAAUUGUGCAAUUAGCUAAUUGUUCUAUUGUAUGUCAAAUCAUUUAUUGAUUGCAGCGUUACGACUAUGUUUGAACAUGGACUAAAUUUUUUUUAAAUUUUUCGAAAAUAUAGUUUCGCCUAGUUGCAUAAUAUUAUAAUUAAUUUUGAUU